AUGGAAGUUCCAACAGCAACGUCGCUACGCGACAUCUACCCCGAGGACGCGCUCCCCGUCGAAACAAAGCGAUGGGAGAGCCUACUCGCCAAGUUCAAGGACCUCUACGGCAAGCAAGCAGACUUCGUCGCUAGGAGUCCUGGACGCGUCAACAUCAUUGGCGAGCACAUUGACUAUUCUCUGUACGAGGUACUGCCCAUGGCUAUCACCGCCGACUUCAUCAUGGCUGUUGCUGUGCGACCGACCGAGGAGAAGCCGCGCAUACGGAUAGCAAACCUCAACUCCGAAAAGUUUCCCACCCGCGAGUUUGACAUUCCCGAGGGAGAGAUUCCUAUCGACGCUUCCGAGCAUGAGUGGACCAACUACUUCAAGUCCGGAUUGAAGGGCGUAUCACAACUACUACAGAAGAAGCGCGGCAAGUUCACAUCUGUGGGUAUGGACAUUGUUUGCGACGGCACAGUACCAAGUGGUGGUGGUCUCUCCAGUUCGGCGUCCGUCGUUUGCACAAGUUCUCUUGCUGUACUAGCUGCGAAUGGCGAGGAGAAGAUCGACAAGACCGAGCUAUGCGAACUUGCGAUUGUUUCUGAGCGCGCAGUCGGUGUCAACUCUGGAGGUAUGGACCAAGCAGCUUCCGUCUUCUCCCUCCGCGGUUCCGCCCUCUACGUAUCUUUCAAGCCCACCCUCAACUACACAAACAUCGAGUUUCCGAAAACGGACCCUGAACUCGUCUUCGUUACCGCCCAGAGUUUUGUCGCCGCAGACAAGCACGUCACAGCCCCUGUAUGCUACAACCUACGCGUAGUAGAAUGCACACUAGCAGCAGUCUUCCUAGCCAAAGCCUUCGGCCUGAAGAAAGAUCUCCCAACAGACUCAUCUCCCCUUGGCGUCAGCCUGCGCGGCUUCCACGACACCUACUUUGAAGACAAAGAAGGCGUCUCAGACAACACCAAGAUCUCUGUCUCAGAGUUCGAAACGCAACUCACAAAGCUUAUUCAACACACCGAGGACUACCUUCCCCAGGAAGACGGCUACUCGCGCCAGCAGAUCUGCGGCCUCCUCGGCAUCUCCGAAGACGAACUUAACCAACGCUACAUGUCCAAGUUCCCCGUCCGCGCCGAGAAAUUCAUGCUUCGCCAGCGUGCCCUACACGUCUUCACCGAAGCCCUCCGCGUGAUCAAGUUCCGAUCACUACUCGCUUCACCGCCGUCAAAUGACCGCGCGUACUUGCAAUCACUAGGCGAUCUUAUGAACACAACACAAGACUCGUGUCGCGAGAUCUACGACUGCAGUUGUCCUGAGCUCGACGAGUUGUGCGACUUGGCGCGUGCAGCGGGAAGUUGUGGUAGCAGACUUACUGGGGCAGGCUGGGGUGGAUGUAGUGUGCAUCUUGUGCCUAAGGACAAGGUUGAGGCGGUUAAGAAGGCGUGGGUGGACAAGUACUAUAAGAAGAAGUUUCCAGAUAUUACUGAGGAGAAGCUCAAGCAGGCGGUUGUUGUUAGUGAACCCGGAAGUGGAUCUAUGCUUUUCAAGGUUACAGGGGAGAAGCUUGCUUAG